AUGAGUUCUUACGUUUCAAUCGAGGAUAAAACCAACAUCGAACUUGUGUCAUGUAAUUUGAAGGGACUCUUGGAUAAUCCCAAUGCAAUCCCUUCGCUCACGCAAGAAGAUAAAACGGAACUCGUGUUCACUCUCAUCACCGAUCUCGAUGAAAACGGAGUUCAGAGUGGGUGGAACGAAGAUG